GAUGCUUAUUACACUGGAAAGAUAUAUUGCUGUUUGUGCCCCGCAUAGUUCAUGGAAACUUGCUAAAAGAAGUACUGUUAUUACGCAAAUUUUACUCUUUGUCAUAUCUAUUGGUAUAAAUAUACCACGAGCGUGGGAAUACGAACCAACGUUUAAAGCGUCUACGGGACAAUGGGUUCAAGCUCCUUCUAAUUUGAAAAGAAGUUCGACUUACGGUACAUAUGUAACAGUUCAAUAUUGGGUUAUUCAACUGGCUAUUCCUAUUGCAACCAUUUCUUAUAUGACUGUUAUGAUCUUGAAGAAAUUAAAAUUAACAACUCAGAGAAAACGAACCGGACUGACUAAAUCACUUAUGACAGUUAAUAUAAUAUAUAUAUUUGUUCAAGUAAUCAAUGGUAUAAGAAGAAUUUUGGUUGUUAUCUUAUCCAAGGAAGAAGUAACACUUUGUGAAAAGCCAUAUUCGUACUUUUAUGGAAUUACAACAUUUCCGAAGACUCGUCAAGAAUACUUGGUUGAAGCGAAGAAAUAA